AUGUCCGACUUGAACGCAGAUACUCAAUCGCAAGGAUCACCUGAGCCAGGCAAGCAUGCGAAGAGAACGAGCAAGGCUUGCUUGGUGUGUCGUGCAAGAAAGAGCAAAUGCACACUGGACACAACAGACGGAGAACCUCAGCCUCCAUGCUUGCGGUGCCGUAAAGAGAACAAGCAAUGUGUUAUCGGCAGCAGCAAUCGUGGAGGCAGAAGGGUCAGAAGGUCCACGAUAGCCUCACAACAAGCACAAGGUCAACCUCAAGCCCAGACCCGAGCGAGCAAUCAACCCCAAUCCCGACCCGACCAGCAGACUCAGAAGACGCCUUCGAACGAUGAACCCGUACAAGCGACGUCCUGGAACUCGAGUGCGAUACCCAGUAAUCCCUACUCUGCCUCUUCACAACACAACAUCACUGGCGCGACUCCUUUGUCUACGAACACAGGCGUCAGCAAUCUAGAUUUUGCGACCCAGCGUCAGCUUUUCGACUCGCAGAGUCUGGCAAUGGAUAUCGAUUCUACUGUUGGUGCAGCAACAGCGAAUGAUAUGAUACCACACGAGCAAAACAAUGAGGAUUCCGGUCGUUCAUCAAGCUCUGAAAAUAUACCUUUCAACGACCUGCAGAACCCAUCUGACGCUCUGGACAUCCUGGCCCAAAUUGCAAGCAAUGACAACAACAACUCGGCUCGGCAGCCCGCUUGGCAAGAGAGGCAACAAAAUCAAGGCCUUCGUACAAGUUCUCUAUAUCCGAACUCAUGGAACAACAAUGGCCUGGAUUAUCAUCUGGUGCGGUCGGGCGCCCUUUCUUCAGCCAAGAUCUCACAAUUAGUCGAACGCUAUCGUCAACAUUACCAUCCUUACUUUUCAAUUGCUCCCCCAAGUACUCUGGAUACCAACAAUCUAGUAAAUACAGCCAAGGACGAACCUCAUCUGUUGACAGCCAUGCUAGUCAUUGCUUCGAAAGACUUGAUGGAGGAACCGCAAAUCUUUACAGCGUGCUCAGCAUAUAUGCAAUCUUUGGUGUCUACGUUGGUCGCUGGUGGGCCUGGAGGGGUUGAAGCAGUCGAGAGUCUGCUAGUUCUCGCUGAGUGGACACCGUAUACAUCAAGAAGCCGAGCAGGAAACGUCGGACGUGGAGAAGAAGAUCGUGAAGCCUGGAUGCAUGUUGGUACUGCUUUACGCAUUGGCUAUUAUCUCGGCCUGGACAAGUAUUCGUUUCCUGUGGCCGGAGACAUUAAAGACCCUCAGUGGAAGCGCAAGCGUCUAGUUUGGACCUGCUGCUACAUAUCGGAUAGACAGAUCUCUAUCCGUAUUGGUCGUGCUUUCUGGAGUCGAGGGCCUGGUCCAGGACUUGCUAUUCGGAAAGAGGACUAUCCUUAUCAGCCCCAGAAUCCUGGAGACGAAGACUUCCCAAGGCUGUUCCAGGCUACUCUGGAAUUGACGUUACUGUUCAGUAAUGUGCACGAUGUGCUUUAUAGUAGCCCUGGAAACAGCCUGAGAAAUCAUUUGACCGGCGGCUACUAUAUCAAAAUCGUUGAUGUAAGUUCACCAAAUUUGAAAGCGAUGCUACUGAUGUCCUAUGAUUACUUACGCUUAUAUACUAACGCUUUUGCAUUCCAUGCUACAAUUCGUCGCGCAUUACCCGAAGGAGAGAACGGGAAGCCUUCCUUCAGUCGAGUGUUCUACAACAACGUUGGAGCUGUUGGAGAUGCACGAUUCAUCUAUGAAGGUCUCGAUGCUGCAAAAAGUCUUCUGACGACGAUGAACAAUUUUGUCGAUGCGGAAAGAAUGUUACGAUAUAUGCCUCUGAGAUUCUAUCUCUUCACAGUGUAUGCCGGUGUAUUCCUGUAUCAUGCCCGCACUGUGGGCGUCAUGGCACCCGAAGAAGAGUCUUCAGUCAGAAGGAUGAUUCAGCAGACAGUGACUGUGCUUCAAAGGUCUGGUGUCGGAGAGAGUCACCCUGGAAGUCGGUAUUCGCAGCUGCUGAAAUUGCUUUGGGACAAAGUGGACCGAAAGUCACACAAAGAAUCUCGGUCUGCGCGGUCGCUUGCAACGCUCGAAAAUCCAUACAGACCUGUCAGCACAAGCGCCGCCACGCCAGCGUCAAACUCUGCCGCCUCGGCUUCGUUAGAGUCGCCGGCGGUCGCAGAUCAAAUGGGCGACUUUAGCUGGACGGACUUGGAUGCUAUAGGAAACUUUGCUGUGAACGGAAAUGAAGGCAUGUCCACAGACGCUGAAUGGUGGACCGGGUUUCUUCCAACAGACAGCGGUCCCCUGGGUCCAAUGAGUGGGUUGGGCUCGAUGGACAAUUGGAGCUUCAUGCUGUAA